AUGGGAGGGACCCGGGAUCUCGCAUGCAUGAAGCCGCAGGCCCGGGGCGCCCUAGUGUUUGAGGACGCGCGAUCCAUACCUGAACCUGGGUACGCAGCCGCAGCCGCCGCCAUCUGCUUCAGGGGGCUGGGCUUUGACCAGGCGGCUGGGCAGCGCCAGUUGAAAGCGGGCAGCGGCGUGCAGUGUUCGGGUAAUAGGACGCAGACGGCGGGGUCGCCGGGGGCUUCGGGGUGGCCUCGGCCCCAGGCCAUCCAGCCCUGUGGACCGAAUGGAGUCCCGCACGCUGUUGAGGUAGUUGUGGGUUCCCCUGGCCUCGGGCUGGGCGCGGGGUCAGCGCGCCUGCAGGCGGCGCUUGCGGUACGGGCUGGUGAAAGUGGAGACGGACGGCAGGAUGGAUUCACUUGGCCACAUGGCGCGAAGCUGGGAAGACGGACACCGGCUGGGAAAGGGUUUCUUCUGGCCAUAAAAGCUACUCCAAUGGCUGUGGGAGACUUAAUUCCAAUUCCAGGUGAUACAGCCGUCAAUCUCCCACUAGCUGUAGGAUGGUGUGCUGCAGUUCACAGACCUAAGUCAAUGUUAGUCUACUACUGUACAUCUGGUAACCUCAAUCCCUGCAACCGAGGCAAAAUGGGAUUCCAGGUCUUGGCAACCUGUGAAAUUCCAAUUCCAUUUGCGAGAGCUUUGAGGAGGCCAUAUGCUGAUUUCACCGCAAGCAACUUCACAACCCAGUACUGGAAUGCCAUCAGCCAGCAGGCCCCUGCCAUCAUCUGUGACUUCUAUCUGUGGCUCACUGGAAGGAAACCCAGGUGGUUAGAUGACGCUGUUAUUGACGAGAUCACACCCAAGCUGAUCAGCGAUCCACCCAAUUCUUGCACCUACAGCAAGGCCUUGGGAGAAAUGGUGGUGCAGCAGGAGAGCAGAAACCUAACCAUCGCCAUCAUAAGGCCCUCCACUGUGGGAGCAACGUGGCACGACCCUUUCCCAGUAAGCCCACUCACCUGGAUUCUGUGUUUUGCUUCCAAAUUAAAAUUCUUCUAG